CUAUCUUGUCAUUUAUUCUCACAAGUGGCCGACAGUAUUUAGUGUACAUUCACACUUUCACAACCUUUUUUUUCAAAUUACCAAUAAACUAAUUGACGUCAAAGUCAUUCCCCACAGGGAUGGUAGAUAGUUGGAAAAUGUUAUUUAUCUUGUAGUGGUUGUCAGUCACCCAAUAGAUAAGAUGCGCAGGUUGAUGUAUUAGUAAUAAUAUAAUCUGAAAACAGCAACGGAGGGGCGUCCACGCAACUAGCACCCUAAUUGCUAGGAACGAGAGGGAGUGAAGGCCUUGCUUGAACUGCUUCAUUAAGUUUAUUGAGAGAUGAGAUAGAGAGCAACCAUAUAGUACCAAGCAAAAGAUAGAGCAAGAGCUUUUAUUGUUCCAAACAAGAUACAGAAUAAGCGGAGCAAACAAGCAGUUUUGGGAGAUGCCGUCGGAAAGGUCGAUCGUGAGCACGGCCCUCUCCGCUGCCCUCGGUCAAGUGUGGGAGUGCAUCGAGUUCUGGACGCCGCUCACUUCAGUGAUCAUCAUCCUCUGGCUUCUCUACCGCCCCGACCACUUCUACCCUACCGUCGAUUCUGCCGUCCUCGCCACCCUCAACCUCACCACAGAUGAGCCACCGAAUCUCCAGUACGACCUGGCCGUGAACGUCAGCUUCCGCAACUCUCACAGCCGCCUCAGCAUCCGGUAUCUUGACAUUAGCGCCACCGCCUUCUGCGGUAGCGGUACCAAGCUUGGCCCAGCCGACGAUGCACUUCCAACGCCCUUUCGCCAGGGCCCCAUGAACACAACCGUGCUGCACCCAGCAUUCCGGGGCAUGGUGGCUGUGGAUUCCAUGGUGACGGCGUGGCUGAAGAAGGAGCUCGAAGCAGGGAUGGUGCAUGUGAACCUGAGAUUGUCACUGACAAUCAAGUACAGGGUGAUGUGGCCCUUCAUUGAGAUCUUCUUCUACAAGUACGAUUGCUGGCUAUGGUUCCCGCCGCCAGGCCUCGCGGCGCCAGCCAUCUUUGAUGCGGGCACGCGGUGCUGGGUCGUCAACUAAGCUAGAAGCAGGUUAAUUACCAUGGAGUUCUUUAUGACCAAGCUAAUCCGUGACACGUUGACAAAGAGGUGGAUCUUCAUCAAGGGACGAACAGUUGGACGUUUUGUCUGCGGUGGAUAGAUUUCUGGGAGGCUACCUCGCUGGUUGUUGUUCGUUCUUGCUAGUUGGUGAUGUCUUUUGCUUUCCAAGUUGUGGUGUUAGCUUUUAUUGUUUGUUUGUGUUUCGUCUUCCCAGGCUUAGUGAUGUUCUAUGCUUGGUCUGGCAUCUCCAUCGGGUUAGUCUAUGUAAUCUUAGGCUUAAUGGUAGCACUCCUGCAUUACUUUAUAAAGAAAAAAAGUUACUAGCUACUACAUAAAAGUGCUUUAAAUGAUUUUGUUAUCUGUUGGGAUU